ACCUGUCGUGUCAAGUACUGUUCACUGAAGGCACGCGUGCUUCAGUGCAUUACUUAGAGAGUUUCUAGUGCAGGGCAAAUUCAGAGGGAGAAAUUCUACAACGAGCGCCGUAGUUCCAGUAGCAGAGGACACAAGCGAAAGCUGCAACUGCACCUCCCACCAACCACACGAGCUGGCCCUUGCUGGUAGCUUGACCAGGACCAACCGUAUUUUGUAUUAACACCGACACAGAUGCAUGAAACUCCUCUUCAGACUACAGCAUACUAGUACUCUGAGAGCUACUACUCUGAGAACCUCGAAAGCCAUUUCAUAGCCAGCCAGCACAAAGUAACCCAGCCGCAACCAAUGGACCCUUCAGGGCAAAACAGCAAGGAUGGCGACGGGCAGCAAUCAUCGGGAGAUGGCGAUCGCAAACCUCCGGCAAGACGGUCGUCCACGGCAGCUCCACCAGCAGCUCGCUUCCAGCAACCAUCCCAGGUUCAUCAACAACAGCCCAGCCUUCCAGCUGUUGCUCCCAAUGAGAGCUCUUCGUCCGCAGAGCUCAUGAGACGCCUUGUUUCAGCAAUCCAAAAUAAUGGCAACAGUAGCGAUGUUGCUACCGCAGUCGGACAAAGUGCAGCAUCCCUACAAGGACAAACGCAACCACAACAACCGCAAGCUUCCACUGACUCGUCACUCGAAUCACAAAUCCUCCAGCGCUUGGGGUUGUCGCAGUCUCCAGGAGUCUCUGAGCCUCCUCGCUCGGCAGUCGCCCGAUUGCCUUCCACUGCCAACAGCACUGCCAACAGCACAACUGCCAGCAACAACAGCAGCAGUGUGGAAUUCCAGCUUGCCUGCCUACAAGCUCAAACUCUCCUAAGGCAACAGGAAGACUCCCUGAGGAACACUCGUCUGCUUCUGCAACGCUUUUCAGAUGCAUCGUCAUUAACAUCAUCCACAGCUGGUGAGGCAGGAGCAGGAGCAAGGGGACAAAGUGCCACCGAUUCUGCUUCCGAACUUUUGAUUUGGAGACGGCUGUUAGAUAAUGACAACAGCAACGAACUAGGUGGAAGCAGUGGGACAGCCGCUGCGGCAUCCGCAUCCGCACAACCUCUAGCUCGAUCCACCAGCCAAGACAGCGCUGCCAUGGAAGAAGUUGAUCAGCAUGCCCACGACAACAGCCAACCGGAUUCUGCUGACUUUUGUCAGGAUGAAGACGACCUCAACGACGAUGACUACUUUAAAGAUUUUGAUACCGAAGACAGCCACAAAUUGAACAAUGAAACAUUUCCGUUCCGUCUUUACCGAAUGCUCUACGAGGUGGAAACGAAUGGUCAGGCCGAUGUGGCUUCCUUUGCCAGCAAGGGCCAAGUCUUCCUGGUCCAUAGACCCAAACGUUUUGUUGAGGAAAUCAUGCCCAAGUACUUCAGCACUUCACGGCUGGCAUCCUUUCAACGACAGCUCAACUUGUACGGAUUCCAAAGGAUCAACGAGGGCGGACUUCGAGGCGGAUAUUAUCAUCAACACUUCCAAAAAGGAAAGCGGGCGCUGUGUAGAAAAAUCAAACGGCAACGGACCAGGGUCAAGGCGGCUGCUGCUGCCAAUGCCAACCCCGCUGCUGCAAGUGCAGGUGGUGCCAUGCAAGUGAGUCAAUCGCUUCCGUCCAUGCAGGUGUCUUUACCCCUUCAGCCUGCUGGUGCAACCAUUGCUAGUUUAGGCGGUAGUUUCGGCAACCUAGCGGCUGCAGCGGCUGUCCAGCAACAACAACAGCAUCAACAGCAGCAGUUACACCAGCAGCAUCAACAACACCAGCAGAGAGCGGAUUCUGAAGCGAGAGCUUCCGAUUUUCUACGACAUGCGGCGUCGGUCGAAUUGAGCCGCCUACUUGAAAGUAGACGCAACGAUCGCUCUCUACAAGGCUUACUAGAUGGCGCAGCACUAAUGGGUAGUGCGAGGCCGCCAGCUCCCGCGUUGGGGUCAACUUCGUCUCUGGGUUUUGCUGCACCAGCGCCGAGCCUGUUUGCAUCCCUACCAUCCUCCACUCUUCGGAGCUCCUUCACAGCAGCAGCAGUCAUCAAUAACAACACUGCCACAAACAGCAACUCUGUCGAAGGCGACCUGCUACAAGCCUUGGUAAGUCAAGCAUUGGCUAAUAGAAGGCAACAGCAGCAGCAACAACAACAACAGCAGCAGGGCCCUUCAAAUCCUCCAGGGCAGGAGGAUGACCGGCCUUAA